CUUGUAGCAGGAGAUCAGAGGAGAAUCUUAUAUCUUCAGAUUAUAAAGCAGAUGAUGAUAUCACACAAGAUACAUAUGAAGAACAUUCCAUUAUCCCAGAUACACCCUCAGCCCUUCACAGCCAAGAUCUGUCAUCUCAUCCUUAUAUACAGGUCCUGUCUUCUCAGUCAUCACAGAAAGGUCACAGAAGGGGUGUUGGACAUCAACAAACUCAUACAGGAAAGAAACCAUAUUCAUGCUUAGAAUGUGGGAAAUGUUUUACUUCUAAAUCAAGUUUUGUUGUACAUAUAAAAACUCAAACAGAGGAGAAGCCAUUUUGCUGUACAGAGUGUGGGAAAUGUUUUAUUGUGAAAUCACAACUUGUUCAACAUCAAAGAACUCACACAGGAGAGAAGCCAUUUUCAUGUUCAGAAUGUGGGAAAUGUUUUUCUCAGAAAUCAAAUCUUGUUAAACAUAAAAUAACUCAUACAGGGGAGAAGCCGUUUUCAUGUUCAGAAUGUGGGAAAUGGUUUGCUCAGAAAUCAGAUCUUGUUGGACAUCAAAGAACUCACACUGGGGAGAAGCCAUUUUUAUGUUCAGAAUGUGGGAAAUGUUUUACUCACAAAUCACAUCUUGUUCAACAUCAAAGAACUCACACUGGGGAGAAGCCAUUUUCAUGCUCAGAAUGUGGGAAAUGUUUUACUCAGAAAUCAAGUUUUGUUGUACAUAAAGAAACUCACACAGAGGAGAAGCAAUUUUGCUGUGCAGAGUGUGGGAAAUGUUUUAUUGUGAAAUCACAACUUCUUCAACAUCAAAGAACUCACACAGGGGAGAAGCCAUUUUCAUGUUCAGAAUGUGGGAAAUGUUUUACUCAGAAAUUACAUCUUGUUAAACAUAAAAGAACUCACACAGGAGAGAAGCCAUUUUCAUGUUCAGAAUGUGGGAAAUGUUUUACUCAGAAAUCACAUCUUGUUAGACAUAAAAGAACUCACACAGGGAUGAAGCUGUUUUCAUGUUCAGAAUGUGGGAAAUCGUUUGCUCAGAAAUCAAGUCUUGUUGGACAUCAAAGAACUCACACAGGGGAGAAGCCAUUUUCAUGUUCAGAAUGUGCGAAAUGUUUUACACACAAAUCACAUCUUGUUCAACAUCAAAGAACUCACACUGGGGAGAAGCCAUUUUCAUGCUCAGAGUGUGGAAAAUGUUUUACUGAGAAAUCAUGUCUUAUUAAACAUAAACGAACUCACACAGGGGAGAAACCAUAUUCAUGUUCAGAAUGUGGGAAAUAUUUUACUCAGAAAUCAAGUUUUGUUGUACAUAGGAAAACUCACACGGAGGAGAAGCCAUUUUGCUGUGCAGAGUGCGGGAAAUGUUUUAUUGUGAAAUCACAACUUGUUCAACAUCAAAGAACUCACACAGGAGAGAAGCCAUUUUCAUGUGCAGAAUGUGGGAGAUGUUUUACUCAGAAAUCACAUCUUGUUCAACAUCAAAUAACUCACACAGGAGAGAAGCCAUUUUCAUGUGCAGAAUGUGGGAGAUGUUUUACUCAGAAAUCACAUCUUGUUCAACAUCAAAGAACUCACACAGGAGAGAAGCCAAUUCAGAUCAAUAAAUGAUGCAGAUAACACAUCUAUAUAUUAUCCAUGUACAUAGGAUAUCUGACAUUUAUACAUAUAUCAUAUACUGCAUCUCCAAACUUGUUACCAAU